UAUUAACGAGAUGGAAAUGUCGAUUAAAUCUGAAAGUGUGGACACAAAAUCUGAAGAUGAGGAAAGAAGUGACAGGCUACUGCAGAGCUCUGAUAAUGAACCAUUCGAGAAGAGUGACUGUAGAGAUGCAGAAGAAGAUGGAUGUAAACACGAGAACAAAUCUGGGAUCAAAUAUAAGAUGAAAACCAAGCAGGAGCGCAAUGUACUAUACAGAUGUGAUAAAUGUAUUUACGAAACUGGGAGUGAGAUCCAUUUUAAAGCACACUAUGUGAGACACGUGAAAGAUUUGAAAGUGUACAAGUGCGAAAGGUGCGAGUAUGAAACUAAAAAUAAGAAAUUACUUCCAAAGCAUCAGUUGAGGCAUAAAGAUACUUCACAGGUCCCGAUCUACAGGUGUAACGACUGCAAUUUUAAAACUAAAUGCCUCGGUGAUAUCAAACGACACCAACUGAAACAUAAAGAUUCACCGCAGGUUCUAAUGUACAGGUGUAACAACUGCGAUUACAAAGCUAAAUACAAAAUAGCUAUCAAACAGCACCAACUGAAACAUAAAGAUCCUUCACGGGUUCAAAUGCACAAGUGUAACAAUUGCGAUUACGAAGCUAAAUAUAAAAUAGCUAUUAAACGGCACCAAUUGAAACAUAAAGAUCCUUCACACAUUCAAAUGUAUAAGUGUAACGUCUGCGAUUACAAAGCUAAAUAUAAAAUAGCUAUUAAACGGCACCAACUGAAACAUAAAGAUCCUUCACAGGUUCAAAUGUACAAGUGUAACGACUGCGAUUACGAAGCUAAAUAUAAAAUAGCUAUUAAACGGCACCAACUUAAACAUAAACAUCAUUCACAGGUUCAAAUGUACAAGUGUAACGACUGCGAUUACGAAGCUAAAUAUAAAAUAGCUAUUAAACGGCACCAACUGAAACAUAAACAUCAUUCACAGGUUCAAAUGUAUAGGCGUAACCACUGCGAUCACAAAACUAAAUACAAGAAGACUAUCAAACGACACCAACUGAAAUAUAAAGAUCCUUCACGGGUUUACAUGUAUAGGUGUAAUGACUGUAGUUACAAAACUUUAUACAGUAGUUAUAUGAAAAAGCACCAGCUGAAACAUAAAGAUCCUUCGCAUGUUCAAAUGUACAGGUGUAACGGCGGCAAUUGUGCUUAGAAAAAUAUUUUU